AUGCUGGCUCUGAUACGACUUCCCACACGACUUCUGAGAGAACGACGGACGGUGUCUCUGUCUCAGCAUCCACAUCAAGCUCCAUCUCGAGCAGCGCCAGCAGCCAGUCUACAGCAGCGCCAAGUCCUUCAACUUCUGAAGCGAAGCGACGACUAUUCGAGGUUCAAGCACACCGUCUCCACACACAACUUUGACAAGCAUUCCAGUGGCCACGACUACUUCCUUCUCUGGAACAUCUAUCCUAAGCAGUACCACAACCAAAUCUACGACUUCGCGCCAGCAAUAUUCCACUACCAAUAUCGUCACGACCACCUCAAGCUCGAAUUCUGCUUCUACAACUGCGUAUCCAGAGUACACCACCGCCGCGAAAAACAUGUCGGAAACCAGCCUCCCAAGUACUACUGCUUCGUCCGCCGCUUCGAGCACUACCUGGGCUACGGAAUCCCAAACUACAGAACAUGGGAGCAGCAACACAAGUGCCCUAACGACUGCGGGAAAACCGGCAACAGUCAGCCUCCCUUCCGCGUCGACCGAUCGUACGAGCACCGGAUCUGCAAUGAGCAGUUCGCCGACUACCGCAGAUGUUCGGUCAACAGAGACGUCGCUAGAUACGUCAACGUCCAGUUCGAUCAGCACAAGAACAAGCAGCACGACUAUGACGGAAAGGAGUUCCUCUACUGCAAUACGAGCUUCGUCGUCACCCAUUCGUACGACUUCAGAAGUUACCUUUACGGCAUCCGACGGAACCACGUCUUCCGCGACUGGCUAUACCUC